UACUGCCGUUGAAAUUGCAGUGCAGUAAUUCAAUCGAACAGCAAUGUUUUUGUAAAGGUUGAUACACAGGCAAAAAAUCUGUUCCACGUAUUAGACAAAUCUCUUUGAGCUUUGUCCUGGGGGAGGUAAAAGAAAGAACACUGCGGAGACAAGUGCCAGGAGUUGGCUGCACUUUGUUUCCCAGGGCGGUCACACUGCAUGACAGAGCAACCUGGAGCGCUGCACAAGUCGUCGGCGUCGCUACAGCGUCAGCAGAGCAGAUUAUCAGUUGCAGAACAGACAACACAGUCGUAAGUAAAAACAGGGCUUUGCUCUCAUUGAAUCGUCUCUUUUGUUAUAAACGUACAUGAAACGUUGUUUCCUUGCUGCAAAACAUCCAGUGGAAUACACCCGAAUUACCAUCUGACACCACUUACCUGUUAAAGACGGGAAUAAAGGAUUAACGGACAAGAAAGGACUGGACCAACCUAUUUUCAUAAACAAUUGGGCCUACAAUGCAGUCUUGUACAAUAUGUCUACGCUGAAACCGGUUUUUGUGCGUGAGAACGGCCAGGACGCUGAGAAAUGCUUGAACUGGAGUUUCAUCAAACGUCUGGAGAACGAGGAUGUGACGGGGGUGACUACUGAGAUGCAAACUGUCACAAAGUCCACCGAGGACAAGGAGACGCAGACCAGCAACCCCUUGAUCAUGCAUAUAGAUUUGUCUAGAACGCACUCAAAACUUAAACAUGCGUCUUUGGUCGAAACUGACGGCUUGCUCUCUCAGUUUGAUCGACAGGCCCCAGCUCGCAUAUCAACAUCUCCAACUUUGAGGAGGAUGAGGAGCACGCGACGUCCACAGGGGGAAUUCCGUGAUCCCCUGAGGAUGGACUGCACGGAGGAGGAGCCGGACACGGAAGAGACAUCUUCACCGUUUAGUCCCUUCCAUCCAGUAUACCGGUACAAAUCGCCACUGGCGGCAACACCCCCAGUCGAUGAAGAGAACCAACACGAAAAUCGGCACAAUUUCUUUCUGGGCCAGGGGAAAGGCAGCUCGUACAAAUCAAAUACUUUCGACAAUGGUAUCACGUGCACAAUUCAUAGCUCUCUGGGCACACAGCCGGUGCGAAGUGUUAGUAAAGACUUUGAAUGUCCUGAUGAUAGCAAUGACCAGGAUGAUGGGGCUUGCCAGAAUAGACUGCAGGAGAGGAGGCGUAGUUCUGUGGUGGUCAGUCUGCCUGGAAUGGAUGUUUCGCCGGGAGACCUGUUUGUAUCCAAUAGGGCAGUGGACAUACUGAAUUUCUCCAACUAUUCAAACACCAAGAAAUCCAAGUGGCCUUUCUCCAGACGUAGCACGACUAAAGGGAAGACCACCCGUACAGCAUCUGAUAUCGAGAAAUAUCUCUUGACGGAACAGAUUCAAGACUGGAGGGACACAGACUUCCAGAAGUACAAAGACUGUACACUAGAGGACUUCCUGAGGGACUGUGAUAUGUCCCAGCUGAGGUCAGAACGUGACCCUCAGGACUACAAGAGACAGGAAGCCGUGUGGGAACUCUUUACCAGCGAAUGUGUUUACUUCCUGGAUCAGCUCAUGGUGCUCAAAGAGGUGUUUCUUGGAACGCUGACCAACCUACAGAUGAGUGGCUGCCUGUCUGACUUGGACUCCUGGAGAUUGUUUGCCAACCUCAACGAGCUGUGUCUGGUGAGCUUUGGGUUCCUCACCAGCCUUCUGCGUGUCAUUAAGGAGUCCUGGGAGAUACCAGUACCAGAGAGCGUUGCCGGGCCCACCCUGCUAGAGCUCCUCACUACGGCCUUCCGGAACAGCAUAUGCCACUGUCUACAGAAGUACUGUCUCAACUAUUCCACUGCACUCUUUUAUUUGGACAGCUUGAAGCACAGAGAGGACUUUGGCUCCUAUGUGAAGUGGUGUGAACGCAACCAGGAGUGUCGGAGGCUCCAGUUGCGUGACCUGUUGGUGGCGCCGUUGCAGCGCCUGACCCGCUACCCCCUGCUGCUGAAAAACCUGGGGAAGAGGAUCCAAACGGAGGAGGAGGAGAGCGCCUUGCAGAGUGUGGUGGAGCAGGUGGACGCCGCCAUAUGUGAUCUGGAGGGUAAUGUAAAAUGGCUAGACAAUUACCAGAAGGUUAAACAGCUCAGAGAUGCCCUGGUGUGGCUUCCAGUGUGGGAGAGAGACAAGCGUGCUUACGUCCCUGAGAAUCUGAAGCAUCUCCUUAAGGCUGUCACCCUCGAAAACCUUAUUGCUCAUCGGAGCCUGCUGCAUGAGGGCAAACUAGUGCUCACAGAGAACGCCAAGCUGCGCGAUGUAUACCUAUUUCUGUUUGAUGAGUUCCUCCUUAUUACCAAGAUCAAGAGGACCAAAAAGAAGUCCACAGGUCCUGGAGAGACGUCUCUGCGUCCACCUCAGAACCAGCAGCUGGACCAACUGCUGAAGGAGGGGGUUACCUUUACCGUCCUGGACCAGCCUGUCUCACUGGACCGCGUCCAGCUUAAGAACAUAGAUCAAUUAAACGCAGCAGCAUCAGGGCUACCCCAAUCCUUCAUCAUCAUGCACCAGAACCGCUAUCAGCAGUGUAUCGCGGCCUUCAUCCUACAAGCUCCUUCUGAGGCUGUCAAGAGGGUGUGGAUUUCAGAGAUAGAGGGCGCUGUGGCGUCACUGCUCAGACUGGAUUCUCAGCAGCCUCCCCGGGUGAAGAGCUCCUCACUGUGGUUGGAGUCCUCCCAGAUCUGAGCCGUCUCCCACUACAAGGGACUACAUAUACCAGUACCGGACUGCUACUGCUUCCAGAUUCCAAUGCAGGUCUUGAACCCAAGUUGCUCUGGUUUUCUUCCCACAUUGUUUUCAGCACAGUUAAAAAAAAAAAAAAAAAAAACUAGGUACAACUUUGCCUGGCUCAUUUUUCUCCAUGGUGCAAACUUGCACCUGAUUGGACUUAUAAACCAGCUAGUUGUCAAGACCCUUGAAUAGUCAUAUAUUUGAAGUGUCAGUGUGGGGCUAGAAAAAUCCCCACACAUGGAGCUCUCCAGAACCAUGGCAGGUGACCACUGGCUAGACUUUGGCUAAAUGCACUGUUACCCCUCCCAAGGCCUUGUAAAAUACUAGCAGGAUCAUUUCUGUAAAAUAAAAGUUUGUUUUAACAUGCAUUGCCAUACUGUAAUAGAUGACAAUAAAUGUGUCUCACCAAACUGA